AUGUUCGGUGUCUGGGUCCGGGUGACUUCCCGGCGGCGGCUAGACGGCCCGGCGGGAAGAGGCCCGAGACGAGGGGGCGGGCAGGAGCCGGGCGGAGUCCGCCGGGGCCCGGGAACCUGGACAGGCUGGGGGAGAGGGCUGGCAGCCAGUGUCUGUCAGCAGCGGCCCGCGAAGGGCGGGGUGGGCGCUGGGCCGGGCGGAGCCGGAGGAGGCCUGGCGCUGGCCUGGGGCGGUGUUGGUGUGUCCCGAGGCGCCAAGGACACAUCCCUGCUCCUCGCCAUCACUGUUAUUGGGACCACUGUGCUCCUGUUGGCCCCGAAGAACAAGAACAUAAGGAAGAGACGUCCUAUAACCUUACAGCACCCUGAAGCCAAGUUCCUGCUGGCCCUGACUGAGAAAGAGCAAAUCAGCUACAACACUCGAAGGUUCCGCUUUGGACUGCCCUCGCCGGACCAUGCCUUAGGGCUUCCCGUAGGUAACUAUGUUAAUCUCUUGGCCAAAAUUGAUAGUGUGUUGGUGGUCAGGGCUUACACGCCUGUGUCCAGUGAUGAGGAUCUAGGCUUUGUGGACUUAAUUAUCAAGAUCUACUUCAAAAAUGUACACCCUAAUCAUCCAAAAGGGGGGAAGAUGACUCAGUACUUGGAGAACAUGAAAACUGGGGACACCAUCCUUUUUCAAGGGCCAUCCGGGCGCCUGUUCUAUCAUGGGUCAGGGAAGUUUGCGUUCAAACCAUACAAAACGAGUGAGCUUGAAAAUAAACUGGUCCAUCACCUGGGAAUGAUUGCUGGGGGCACAGGGGUUACACCCAUGCUGCAGCUCAUCCGCUGCAUCACCAAGAAGCCCAGUGACAAGACCAGGAUGUCCCUCGUCUGUGCCAACCAGACAGAGGAGGAGAUCUUGGUGAGAAAGGAGCUUGAGGAAGUUGCCAGAACUCACCCAAAGCGGUUCAACCUGUGGUACACCCUGGACAAGCCUCCUGUUGGCUGGAAGUAGUCAGGCUUCAUUACUGAGGACACGAUCAAGGAGCAUCUCCCUCCUCCUGGGAGGUUCUCAUUCAUCCUGGUGUGUGGCCCACCACCCCUGAUCCAGAGAGCCACACACCCUAACUUGGAGAAACUGGGUUACACCGAGGACAUGAUUUUCACCUACUAA